AUGCACGUCCGCCGUCCCUGUCCCCUCGAACCUCGCCGCCCCAGUCCCAUCGAACGCCGCCGUCCCAGUCCCCUCGAAUGUCGCCGUGCGAGUCCCCUCGAACGCCUCAUCCGACUCCCCUCGAACCCGGCUGUCCCACUCCUCUCGAACGCCACCGUCCAGCUCCCUUCCAGUGCCACCGCCCCCUCUCCCUCGAACGCCGCGAUCUCCGCACAAUGCACCGCGGUCCUAGUCCGCGCGACCCAGCGAGACACGCGGAACGCAAAGCAACAGCGCAUGCUAGGUCGACGCGCACGCACAUCUGCCGCCCCGCUCCUCUCCAACCCCCUGGUCCGACUCCACUCAAAUGCCACCGUCCGACUCUACUCCAACGCCACUGUCCCUUUCCCCUCCAACGCCGUGAUCUCCGCACAACGCACCUCGGUCCUCGUCCACGCGACCCAGCCAAACACUCGCAACGCGGAGCAACAGCGUGCGGGGACCCUAGGUCGACCGUCCGCUGUCCGACUCCCCUAG